CACACCUUCUUCUUUUAUACACCAUAACAAAAACAAAGCACAUGGCUAAGCUCAUUUUCUUUCUUGGCGUCCAAAUCCUCCUUCUCGCUGCCGUAUCAUCCGCCGAAGACGAUGGGGAAAACUUCACCGGAACCAUAGACCGUAAACUCCUCGGUCUCCACAAGAAAGAGAAACUAACGCAUUUCAAAGUGUAUUGGCACGACAUCUUAAGCGGUCCAAAACCAAGCUCCAUCAGAAUCAAGCCACCGGUUAAAACCUCCACCUCCUACUUCGGAGGAGUCACGAUGUUCGACAACGCUUUGACGGAGAAAGUUGAGAUAAACUCCACGUUGUUGGGCCAGGCCCAAGGGUUUUACGCCGGAGCUGCUCAAAAAGAGUUUAGUUUUCUAGUGGGGAUGAACUUUUCUUUUAAGACAGGGAAAUAUAAUGGAAGCACGAUCACGAUUCUUGGUCGGAACCCUGUGUUGUCAGAGGUAAGAGAAAUGCCUAUCGUCGGAGGAACUGGGCUUUUCCGGUUUGCUAGAGGGUAUGUUGAGGCUCGUACAAAAUUGCUUAACCUAAAGAACGGUGAUGCUAUUGUUGAGUACAGUUGUUAUGUUUUGCAUUAUUGAUGUUAAUGAUGUUUGUGUCCAAUUUUAUAUUUAAUUUGACGACGUAAUAAUUCUACUUUUGGAUGUGGUGUCCCAUGUCCGUGUGUGUGGUGGAUUUGUUGGAUUAUGUUUGUCGCUUAUUUCAACUUAACGAUGCAAUCAUAAUUAUUCUUUUGCAAGGAGUUUUA